AUGAAGGAAUCCGAAGGUAUGUGGUGGACACUCGCUGCGAUAGCGCUGGCAACAAUCGCAAUCUACUUUGUGACCCAGUUUCGUGCCAAGAAGAAGUUGCCCUCGAACACGAUCCUUCCUCCCCACGUGUGGUCUUGGAUUCCCUACGUGGGCUCUGCCUUGGAAAUGGGAAACGGCGUCGUUUCGUUCAUCCGUUCCCAUGGAAAACGGUUGCAGAGUCCCAUAUUCACAGCCACGGUAUUGGGUGAAAAGUACGUCUUUAUUGCAGACCCGGAACUCUUGACCAUGGUGUUCAAAUCCAAGUACUCCAAGUACUUGGAUUCGUGGUCUCUUUCCAAGACUUUCAUGAUCCGUGUGGUGGGGGUCGAACCGCACGAAGAGGAAAGCAUGUUUGGAGAUCGCACCUUCCUAAAAAUGACCAUGAGACAGAUGCAUCAUUACCUCAUGAAACCGGAACAAUUGGAGAUUGCCCUACAGCGGGUGCAAGGUUUCUUCCGGAACAAUCUACCACAACUAGUAGUAGCCACAUCGAUAUCCGACACUACUACUACUUGGGUCUCUCAUGAUGCCAUGUUCUCCAUGGUGGUCCAAUCGGUGUUCAAAGCUACGGUGGGACCCAUCAUCAGUGAUUGCUUGAUUCAAGAUGAUUCUUAUUGUGAAGCUUUUCGCCAAUUUGACAAGGGCGUCAUUCCGCUCUUCAACAAGGCACCCUCUUUCCUGACCCGUAAAGCACGUCAAGCACGGGCCUACUUAUUGGAGACGUUGCAAUCCCAGGAGUUCUUGGAACAAGCUUCCCCCAUUGUCAAGACACGGCAGGAAACCAUCAAAAACUUGUCUCCAGCAGCCUUGAGCAAGACCACGUUGGCACUUAUUUUUGGAGCCGUGGGGAAUUCUGCCCCCGCUUUGUUUUGGUGCCUCUUACACCUCCUUCACAAUCCAGCAGCCUGGGAAGCCUGUCGGGCACAAGUGGAAUCGAUUCUUGCGAAGCGGCAACAGGACAAGGACGACAUUACAUUCACAAUGGCCGACCUGGACCAAAUGACAUUGCUCGAAUCUGCCUUUUGGGAAACGUUACGGUUGUAUCAAGGCAAUUUUACGGCACGACGCGUCACGGAGGAUUUUGUCAUGGAGACUAGCCAACAAAACUAUCUCCUUGAAAAGGGCACCCAGCUCAUGCCAUUUUGGGCCGUCCUGCACCACGAUCCCGCGGUAUUCCCAAAUCCCAUGCAGUUCCAAUACGAUCGCUUUGUCGGCGCCAACAACAAGCCUGUAUUUACCUUUGCAAGCGGAGCCACGGUGAACUACUGGCCUGUGGUGGCAUUUGGUGGUGGAGAGCACUAUUGUGCCGGACGCAAAUUCAUCGCAUACGAAGCUCGGUUGUAUCUGGCAAUGCUCAUGUUGAAUUUUGACAUGCGACUGGCCGAGGGAGAAACCAUUCCAGGAAUUGAUCGCAGCAACAUUGGAGUGGGAGUCUGUCAUCCAGACAGAGAAGUCAAGGUGGAGAUUCGAAGGAGAGUCAAGGAUUUACACAGCUGA